AUGAUCUCCGCUUCCUAUGGAACUAUGCCUUCUUUCGAAGCCCAACAACUUUUCCCUAACUAUACCGCAUAUAAUACUCCUAUGAUGUCUCAUUAUAAUACUCCGAUCUCUUCUUUCUGUGGAAACACAACUCCAUUCUAUGAUGUCCCGAGCACCUCUAGUACUUCAAAUAUGUUGAAUCGUGGACAAAAAACACCUUCCGGAUCAAAUUCUUCCUCCUCGGGUUCCCCGAAACUCAGCCCCGAAGAACUUAAAAAGUAUAGAGAAAAGAGAGAUAGAAAUAACUUAGCUGCCAAGCAAUCUCGUAAGAAGAGAAGUCAACGUGAGCAAAUGCUCCAAGAAGAAGUUAGAGUAUUGAAAGAGGUUGUCAACCAAUUAAGACAGGAGAAUCAUCAUUGGCAGCAGCAAGAUCAAAUGAACAAAGCCAAUAUUCACCAACUCACACAGGAAUUACACGAUUUACGUAGUAUAAUACCUAGUGAGGGAACCAAGACUUACUGCUAG